AUGGAAGCCCUCGCAGUGGUAGGUCUGGUCUCGAACAUCAUAUGUUUCGUCCAAACUGGCUCGAAACUCGUAAAACGCAUCCAAGACUAUAACUCCAACAUUGCGGAGCUACCGAGUGCCUUUAAAGGCGUCAGCCUUCGACUGCCACUACUUAUUGAAAUAAUCGACAGAACUAAAGCUCAAGCAGAAUCUGGGAAAUUCACAGUAUCGACCCAGGACGCUCUUCAGGCGGUCGUGGAAGACUGCAAUAGACAAAUCGAGUCUCUUGACAAUAUCUUCACGAAGAUACUGCCAGAUACCUCUGACACGAGCUGGAAACGCAAACGGAAAGCAUUGUCCAGCGUCGCGAAAGAAAGUAAAAUCGAGCAGAUUUCACGAAUUCUGCAGGGCCACGUGCUGAUCUUGACAUAUCAUCAAGCUAUGGGUGUGGUUACGCCUGUAGCCGACAAACCGGUCGUUGACACGGUCUUCUUUGUUCCCUUUACCAGAGACCCAAAUUUCGUCGGUCGAGCUGAUGUAUUCGACGAGAUUGAUCGGCGAUUCAAGUCCGAAAGUCGUGUCUCACUUGCUGGUAUAGGAGGUGUAGGAAAGUCUCAAAUUGCACUGGAGUAUUCCUUCCGGUUUCGGGACCUCUAUCCCACAAGCAAUGUCCUUUGGAUACAUGCUAGCACCGGAGCAAGAUUUACGCAGGGAAUCGACGAUAUUGCUGGGGCUUUAUGCAUACCUGGUUGGGAUGAUCCCAAUGUGGACAAUGCGAAACUGGUCUCGGCACAUCUCUCAGAUGCCCCCACGCCCUGGCUGCUCAUUCUAGAUAACGUGGACGACAUAAGUAUGCUGGACGAUACGGAGCCUGCCAGUCUUCCGCCGGGUGCGAAGCAGCCUAGGUCCUUGAGCAAAUUUUUAAACUGCAGUCAUAACGGCAAUGUGAUUAUUACAACCAGAGACAAACGUAUUGGGAUGCGGUUGUUUGAGAAUACGAAUCCCAUCAUGAUACCACCAUUGGAUCGAGAAGAGGCGAGAUUCAUGCUCUGUUCAAAGCUCUCCCGGGAGCAGGACUGGGAUAAUCCUACAAUUGGCAAAAUACUAGACAUGUUGGGAGAUCUUCCCCUGGCCUUGAAGCAAACGACGGCUUUUAUUAACGAGAACGACAUCACGAUUGAAGAAUAUUUGAGGCUUCUUCGCGGAGGGGAGAAGGAGGCUCGCAGCCUUUUGGGAGACAGGACUCGAGACUCGCGACGGUACUUUGGUGCUGAAAACUCUAUCUUACAUACCUGGAAACUGUCUUUCGACAUAAUUUCUAAACGAAGCCCACGAGCAGCCAAUAUCUUAUUCCUUAUGUCGAGGAUGGACAGGCAAGGUAUUCCUGCAAUGCUACUGCAUCAAGUCGAUGAAAGCUACUCUACAUUCACGCAGGCCAUCGGUGUCUUAAAGGCUUUCUCCUUGAUCGAAGAGGAAAAAGACACCUCGACAUAUGGGAUGCACCGACUCGUACAGGUAUCCGUCCGCAUGUGGCUAGAGGUUCAAGGAAGCGAAAGGCGAUGGCAAGAGGAGGCACUUUCAGUCCUGUCAACCUGUUUCCCGGAUGGCGAGUAUGAAAGCUGGAAAGUCUGCAGCAUGUUGGCGCCACAUGUACAAGCCGUAACCGCUUACGAAUGGUCGACUGAAGCCCCAAAGUUGCAGUGCGCUAGAUUGAACCAAAGAUCUGCGCGCUACUGCGAAACUCGAGGCUUUUAUCUGGAUGCUUACCGAAAAUAUACAAUGGCCCUGGAAACGUGUCAGGAAAUCCUUGGGUCUACCUCCAAUGACGUGAGGAAAUGCAAAAGUGGCUUGGCGAGUGUUCUUCGACUGCAGGGACUCUACGAACCGGCAGCAGCGAUCUAUCUAGAGAUUUUGACAGAGCGGGAGGGGACGCUGGACGCAGACGACGCAGACACUAUAUCCAGCAUGAGUGAUUAUGCACUUGUGCUUGGACAUCAGGGAGACUUUGCCGCGUCCGAGCGAAUCAACCGUAAAGCACUAGAAGCUCGAGAAAAGUCUCUUGGAUGGACACAUCCGGAUACACUCACAAGUGCUAAUAGUCUUGCCCUGACUCUCGAUUAUCAAGGUAAGUACGAUGAGGCAGAGAAGCUCAGUCGUCAAGCUUUGGAGGGAAGAAGAACGAUUCUUGGAGAGCUGCACCCUCGUACGUUAUGGAGCAUGCGCCAUUUGGCCCUGGUUCUUGGCUACCAAGGCAAGAUUGCGGAAGCAGAAUCCCUGCACAUCCUAGCUUUGCAAGGCAGACAGGAAGUCCUCGGGGAUAACCAUCCAGAUACCCUUAUGAGUUUUACAAGCCUAGCAUGGGUCCUUCGACAUCGCCAGAGCUACGCAGAAGCCGAAAAUCUAGAUCGCAAAACCCUGCGUCGCAAACAAGAUAUCCUCGGACGGGAACAUAACAUCACGCUCGCGAGUAUGACAAGCUUGGCUGAUAGUCUUCGCUGCCAGGGAAAACUUGGAGAAGCGGCGUCGCUGUACGUCGAAGCUUUGGACAUUUAUAAGAGGACUCUUGGCUGGCGGCAUGCGCAUACCCUUACUACGGCGAGCGAAUACGGCCUCACUCUGCAAAAGCAAGGACGAUAUGAUGAUGCUGAGGUUAUAUUCCGUCAGGCGCUGGAGGGGAAGAAGUUGGCUCUAGGAUUGCGUCAUCCUGCUACGCAGGAAAAUCUUAGGGCAUUGGCAAGGAACUACGAACUAAAGGGACAGUCUAGACGUGCUAGAGCACUGCUGCUCUCUAUGAAGUUCCCAUGGUGGGAAGAUGUUUGGCCUACUCAAGGAAUUUCUAAGAGAAGGGCAUUUGUUCUAUUUGUCAUCCUCGUAACCCUUGCGGCUCUAUAUUAUCUCUCAAAGAACCGGAGAUCGUCUCUUCAGGCUUAA